AUGAAUGCAAAAAUCAUUCUGAUAUUUUCUGGUAUCGGUGUUAUAAACCUACAUGCUUGUGAACCAUCUGCAUCAUAUACCACAUGUCGAAACUGCGAUCCCUUCGACACAAAUAUAAGAAGAACGGACUAUCCUAAUACAUUCGUGGAAAAAAUAACAGUAUCAUAUGGAGUAAAUGCUGAUGGAUGCAAAUUUGCAACAUUGCAGUGCUUGAGUUCCGCUGCAAAAGACAUUUUGAUGGAGUGGUAUGAUCCAUCUGGUUCAAGUCUUGGAACUACUGGCGCGGUUAAACACACUCAAAAAGUAAUUGGUUUAAUCACUUGCAAUCAAAAUUCUGAAUGGACUUUCACAGAAAAUGGUAAAACCGAAGUUGUCCAAUCAGCAACAUGUGAAUACAUACAAUAA